UAAUUUAUCAUACUCGACACACAAAGUAAAUUACUUAUUCUGUCAUUUAUGUUAUUGUAUAUGCGGUGUGGUCUACAUGCGGUUUAAACCAAACAUGUACAUUCAAACGGGAGACUAUUAAUACAUUAAAGCAGUUAUAUAUUAAGCAGCUAUCACGCUGUGCCAUUCUCCGAAGGUGCAUCUAAUAAUGGAUUAUAUUUAUGUAGGUAGAGAAUAAUGAAUAAGAUGCUUUAGGGGAAUAAGUUUGUUGUUAGUUCGUUUUAUUAUGUGUUGAGACUUGAAGCUAAGACAAACAGAUGCGUUGUUAGAACUGAGGGAAUUGCGUGCUUUCUUUAUACCUUUACCUGUGGGGGAGGUUACAAAAUGCAUACUAUACAUGUGUAUUGAUAAUGUAUCACAUCAUAGUGGAUUUAUCUGGACGCUGGUGAGUUGAGAUGCUUAGCAUCCCAGUUUAAAGGGAGGUAAUUCAGAAAAAAGUGUUGGAAUUAGACAUGUGGAUUUACAUAGAGGCUUUAAUAAAUUAAUUAUCCUAAAUAAAGUUGUAGGCAUCGGCCUAUAAUUUUCUAAUUUAGGUUUAAAGUGAAUUCACAAAUGGAGUUUACAGAAACGUGUGAAGGGAGAUAAUUUGAAUCUGCAGACGUUUAGGGGAGGUAACAGUGAUAAAGCAAUGGAUCUGUCGGGGAAAAUCAGCAUAUGUCAACGGCUGGACCGGAGCUUCAGAAAGAUGCAACGAAUCAAGCGUCUGCGUGUAUCUGAAGUCAAUCCGCACCUGAUCUGUGUCCUUUGCGGCGGUUAUUACAUUGAUGCUACGACUAUCAUAGAAUGUCUACACACAUUUUGUAAGACAUGUAUAGUCGGAUACCUAGAGGCGAGCAAGCACUGCCCAGUUUGUGAUAAUCUGGUACACAAGACGAAACCUCAUUUACGAUUACGACCGGACCACACCCUGCAAGAUCUUGUGUACAAGUUGGUUCCCGGCUUGUUUCAAGAUGAAAUGAAAAAGCGUCGUGAAUUCUACAAGGAAGAAAUAGAAAGUGGCCGUGUCGGUGAAAAUGGUAUACCGGAAGAACGGGAACGGAUUAUAUACUCAGCAGACGAACAGAUCAGCGUGGUUAUUGAAUUAAGUUCCGACGGAAAUGCACCGUACUCGACAAGCGGACGGUCUUCUAGACAACCCCGACUAGAGGCUGCCGAUAGACGUUAUCUGUCUUGUCCUGGAAAUUUCACCGUCGGACAUCUUAAGAAAUUUAUCAAGAUGAAAUUCAACUUGUGUGAUCGAUUUCAGAUUGACUUUUAUCACACGGAUGAAACUUUACAUGACCAUUAUACACUGGUAGAUAUUGCCUACAUCUACUCUUGGCGCCGGAAAGGCCCACUUCGUCUAUACUAUACUGUGUACACAAACCAGGCCAAACGUUUCAAAGCCGAGAAUGAGGAAACAGUUCCUAUGGAAACGGAUGCGACCAACUCUUCUGACUUGAAAACUGAAACGAGUGGAUAUAUAACUGAUGAAGAAAAAAUAAGUGAGAACGAGAAGUCUUUCAGUCAAGAAUCGGAUGAAAGUAAACACGAUUCUGUUCUAGAAGGUGACGGAAUUGAUAUUGAAAAUAAAACGGUAAAUAUUGGAGAAAUCAAAAUCUCAGAGAAACGUGAAAGUGUGCAAGAUUCAGAGAAGACUGAAAUAUUACAAGCAGAUCCGAAAGACGAAAUGGGAGACAGCGAAGAAAAAUCGGAAUUAAGUGACAUUCCAGAGAUAGGAAAAGCGGAUAAAGAAAAAGAUCAUUCAGAAAGUGUUAAAGACGACAAUGAACUCGAUUCUCGUGUUGUUGAUUCUGGCAUGAAAUCAGAUUCCGAAUCUGCGAAAGUUUUGACUGAUAAACAAAAGAUAAGCACUGAUAAUGAAUGUGAAAAGCCAGAUGUAAAAACAAGUGAUAAUGUUUCCAGUGGUUCACAAGAAACGGAACUAAAUAAAAGUGAAACAGAAGAAAUUGUGCGAGAAAUAAAGAAACAUGAAACGAAAGUUAAACCAGAAAUGGUCGAAGCAUCUACGGGCACUAGUAGCGUGUCUCCUACCGAAGAAAAGUGCAAUAUUGAAAUAUUUAAACAGUCUAAGUCCGUUAUAACUGACGAGGACAUAUCUGAACCGGUUGUGUCUUCCACACAAAAUACGCAAGGAUGUCAAACAGAACCUCCUGGCUCUUCUCAUUCUGACACGCGUGACGUUCCACAUUCCUCGGAAGUUGAUAUCACUAGAUCGACUUUGUCGCCGUCUUGCAAAUCAACUGUAGAUGUUUCCUGCGAGACUGAUAAUUUUGUAAUUUCACGCCAGGCGUCUGUAGAUAGUGUCUCUGUCUCCACAGAAACUGAAACUGAGAAAAAUGAAACUGCAGUAAAUCGCAGAAAACUUGUUGACUGUUCAACUGAUGUUUAUGACUUUCCCAAGUCUGAAAGUGAAACGAAAUUGACUGUUGAUUGUUCCACUGACUUAGAUGGUUUUCCAGCAGAUAGUACGAAAAGAAAAGCGCUGACAGUUGACUGUUCUACAAGUGUUGAUAGCAUAGCUACGUCUUCAAAUAAACGUAAAUCCAUUGAAAGUGAACCUUACACCGAAUCAAAUAAAAGUCUUAAGAAAACUGAUUCAAAAUCUUACAGGAGAAGUUAUAGCUAUGCUGGUCAUUUGUCCACUCCUAAAGCUGCAUACUUAGCACAGCCACUGUCGCCAACUAAAAUGAAAUUUACAUCACCAAAAUCUCCUGUCAGAACUCCACCAAAUACUCCAGCACCAAAAUCUCCAUCUAGAGCUGAAACUUCAGGUUUCCAGUCCCAGUAUCAGUCGUUUGUAAGAACUGAGAUAACGUACAGGUUUGACGAGGAAGACCCUCCAACGUCUAAACCUGUUACAGCACAAAAGUCUGUUGUCACUCCUUCAAUGUCUUUAUCACAGUCGUUUGCCACAACCCAAAAGACGAAACCGGUGUCUAAAACGGGUCGUCCGAGAGGUCGACCUCCAAAGAACCGAUCUUUAGAAUGUUUGCCGCCUCCAAAGGAGAAGAAACACAAAUCUCGCAGUCAUUCUCCAAAACACCGUAAAAACAGUGAAAAAGAAAGAGAAAGAAAUAGUAGCUUAGGUGGAACAGACAAAUUGAAAAGCUCUAAACCUGUUUCUAGUGACCAAGCAAAGUCCUCAACGGCAUAUAGUUGGAUUAAUAAAAUUGACAGUGCUUCAAAACAAGUGUCAGAUAGAAAAGGUCAAAAGCCUAAGCAAGAUAGUUCAAGUGAAAAGAAUGCAUCGGAUUUACGAAUUCCAAAACAGUUUCUUUACUUUUCAAAUGGGCAAUACACAAUUGCUACGGUUAGUAGCUUAAGUACGCUUAAACAGAGCAGUCCUGUGUCACCUCCUCCUAAAACUGUAUUCACAGCUGAGGUAAAUGGGAAAAACAAAAGCAAGCCUGCAGACUAUGAUUCUAAGAUGCAAAAGUAUACAAACACUAGCCAGCAAGUGACACAAAAUGAAAGCAAAGGAAGUGAAAAAUGUGAACAGAAGUUGGAUAAAACUGUUGAUGUGAAAAACGUGCAAAAGAAAGAGAAGCCACAAAAAUCUUCGCAGAAACCAGAACACCAUAUUGAUUCCCAAUCUAGUCAUAAAAUUGAUUCUAAUCAGAACAGAAUUGUGAAAACUUCAGUUGACAUCACAAAACAAAUAAAUAUUGUGAAAGAAACCGAUAGAGAUACUGACUCAAAUAAAGAAACAAAUAAAGAAGCGAAUAAAGACGUACCUAAAGAAAGCCCAACUGUUUCUGUUCCGGAAUACCGCCAUCAAAGCCCUUUCUUUGCUUCUAUAAGCAACGCUGCCAAACUGCAAGCACCACAUAGACCUACAGCACAUCUUAACGUCCCGAACCUGAGCAGUCAUUUCUCAGGUACACACCAUCUGUACUCCCAAGGCCGAUACACAAAUGAAAGACUUGGUACACCGAUCUAUAGAUCGUUCUCCAUGAAUGAUAAAAGUCCUACUGCAACCAUGGCAAGCAAAUUUGAAGAAGCACGGCGAUUUGAAGCAAUAGCAUCUGCUUCGCAAGUUGGAUACCUUGGCCCUUUUCCUGCCCCUUAUUUGGGGCUGAUGCACAGUCAUCUUGUUUCUAGUCUACCGCCACCGCCACCUCUUUCUAAACCAGGACAUUAUCCCGACUCUUCAAGAUCAUUGUCAUUUUCAGAUAACUCUUUAAACUGUUCUAAUACACUCUCACAAAACACUGCCAAACAUUUGACCAAACCUACUUACACCAACCCCAAGGGUAAGGAGAAGUCUAUUGACAGAAUUAUAUCUGCUAUAACGGAAAUGAGAGCAAAGAAAGAGACACAAGAACAAUUGAAUGGAAUAGAUUUAAGUACAAAAGGUAACCGGCAACAGGAUAAGUCAAAAGACGCGUUAAAUGAACCGAAGGCGGAUAGGUACGAGUUCACAGAUGAUGAUACGGCACCGCGUCCUCCGCAAAAAGUGACUUGCAAUUCAGACUCGGUCUCGCGAAAAGACGCGGUGUAAAGUGUGAAAAUCGCGUUGUGCGUACUGGAAAUAUUUAAAGGAGCAUGGGGGAUACGUUCAGUUCAGGACGUAUGGUGCAGAAGAACAAAUAAAGCGAUUAAUAAGAAAAUAAUGGAGAACAUUGGAAUACAUCUUGUCAGUCAGUCAUGUUAGGUAAACACCAUUUACUCUGUGAUUAGAAACUCAAGCAGUGCUAGUUUACUUACACGGAUCAUUUAUUAGCUUACCGGAUUAUAAAUAGUUUAAAGUGUGCAGACGAACCUGGAUUAUCUUUAUGUGCUUUUUCAUUGCUUGGAUAUAUGUUUGUGAAUAUGUAAUUUAUUUUUUGUGGAUUAUCAUGACAUAGUGUGAGAGUUUCUUGAGAAAGAUGUACUUCCCUUGGAUUACAGAUCAGACUUCGUGUGUCUGCGUGCAUGUAUAUUUAUUGCUAAUUGGGCGUAAAUGGUGAUAGUUUGUGAUGAACACGUGCUUCUGAACUGUUUUGGAUUAUAAAGUGAUUUCUUCUGUGUUUGGAAAUUUGCAAAUGAUCGGAAUAUAUGUGCAUGUUAAGAUUUCUUAUAAAUCAUACUGUGUUUUACGGCAUAUACAUUCGGAACUGCUUCAGAGUUUUGAUGUAUAAAUAAAAGCCUUUGGAUUAAAUUUUUUUACCUUCGAAAAAAUCAUUUGGAUUUAACAGUGAUACUACUGGAUUAUAGCAACGUAUACCUCGUGAAUUUAUCAAUGAGUGACUUCUUUCUUUGGAUUUAAACCUAUUUUAUAGCCGAUAGAUAAUAUAUAUUUGAUAAAAUCCGCUUUGCAUUGGAUUUUAAAAUGAAAAAAAUAUACAUACAGAUUCUAUCGGUAAUAUGGUAAGACGGUGUUAUUAGCAUAGUAUAGGGAAUAUUUUUGAUCCGGUUAUUCC